GGUUUAAUCAGUAACACUCACCACCUAAAAUUAGAAAUCAACAAUGGAGUCCCUUUUUUCAUUCUUAGUCAGUGCCAUGGUCAUCAUACUACACCUCAUAACACCGCUCAUCUAUUUGUUUUGGAUAUCAAGAAAAGCAUCCAAUAAGCAGAGACUACCACCAGAAGCCGCCGGUGGAUGGCCUGUUAUUGGCCACCUCCAUCUCUUAGCUGGGUCACAGCCACCUCACAUAAUCCUCGGAAACUUGGCUGACCAGAUGGGACCAAUUUUCACUAUCAAGCUUGGUGUGCAUCGCGCUUUGGUAGUAAAUAGUUGGGAGUUGGCAAGGGAUUGCCUUACAACGAACGACAAAGCUUUUGCCAAUCGUCCUAAAUCUCUGGCCAUGGAAAUAUUGGGCUAUAAUUAUUACAUGUUUGGCACCAGCCCAUAUGGAGAAUACUGGCGCCAAAUUCGCAAGAUUGUCACUCUUGAGGUUCUCUCAAAUCAUCGGCUAGAGAAGCUCAAACAUGUGCGAAAGGCGGAGGUUAAAGUAGCCAUCGAAGGAUUAUACCAGCAAUGGAUCAAGAACAAAAAUGAUUCGGACAAACUUUUGGUGGAGAUGAAGAGAUGGUUUUUCGAAGUAAAUCAAAAUGUGGUAUUCAAGAUAGUUGUAGGGAAGAGAUUUGUAGAGUGUAAUAAAGGCGAUGAAGGUAGAGAUAGUGAUGAUGACUGGAGAUCAGCACUGAGAGCUUUUUCCAAACUCAUGGGGAAGUUUGUAGUGUCAGAUGCGUUUCCAUUCCUAAGGUGGCUAGAUUUUGGCGGGGAUGAGAAGGAGAUGAAGAAGACUGCAAAAGAGCUGGACAAUAUAAUUGGAGGAUGGUUGCACGAACACAAGCAGAAGAGAGCUUCGGGCGUGGUAUAUAAGGGGGGAGGAGAAGACUUCAUGGAUGUGUUAUUGUCAAUCCUGCAAGACGCAAAAGAGCUUUCUAACCGAGAUGUUGAUACUAUCAACAAAUCUACCUGCCUGGCUAUAAUUCUAGCAGCUUCAGACACUACAUCGGUGACGCUAACUUGGACUUUGUCAUUACUACUCAACAAUCGCCAUGUCCUAAAGAAAGCACAACAAGAAUUGGACACCCUUGUCGGUAGAGAAAGGCAAGUGAUGGAAUCAGACAUGAAGGAUUUGGUUUACCUUCAAGCCAUCAUCAAAGAAUCGUUUAGGUUGUAUCCUGCUGCUCCAUUAUCGAUGCCACAUGAAUCCAUAGAAGAUUGCAGUGUAGGAGGCUAUCACAUUCCAGCAGGUACACGCCUUAUUGUAAAUGUUUCAAAAAUUCAUAGAGAUUCACGAGUGUGGUUGAAUCCUUCAGAGUUUAUACCAGAGAGGUUUCUCACAACCCACAAGGAUGUUGAUUUUAAGGGCCAGAAUUUUGAGCUACUACCAUUCGGCAGUGGAAGAAGAAUUUGUCCUGGAAUCUCAUUUGCUCUUCAAGUUUUGAACCUUACACUUGCUACUUUGUUACAUUCUUUCGAAAUUGAAACUCAUUCAGGCCAACCAGUUGAUAUGAGUGAGAGUGCUGGAAUGAGCAACCUCAAAGCCACCCCUGUGGAUGUUCUUCUUACGCCACGCCUUCCUCCACUCCUUUAUGCUGCUACCAAUUAAUAAAUGACGCCAACUAUGGGGAAAUUCUUCUCUGGAUCCAUAUAACUGCUAUAUGUAUGCGGGUAGACUUUCAUCAUUAAUUAUGAUAAUUUUAUAUGGUUAUAAAAAAUUAUUAUAUAAUCAUGUAUUACUUGCUAGAGAAAAUUAUGGGUGGUGUUAUUUGGACUCUAUCACCUGAUAUUUGCACCCCACAUUAGCUUUCUUUAAGGGAAAAAAAAGUCAAAUUCGAUACACAGUUAUAUGCUGAAUUAUUGUACUGUUUUUAUUAUUUUUCUAUUGUUGCGUAUCAAAAUGUUUAUAAAGAGAGGAUAGCAUAUUCAAAUUCAUAA